UUAAAAUUUAUUUUGAGUUUUUUGUCUCACCACAUUAAUCGAAAUACGGCACCUUGAAGACAAUUUAUAUAAAAUUUCGUAUUUUUAUUGAGAUCGAAAGUCGGGCUUUUUUAUUCUCAUUGAGCUGCUUUUCGAAUUUUGCAGCGAUUGUUAACCUGAUGAGAUAGGGAAAUAUUUAACUCUGGCUACCGCUGCACCUUUCGACUAUUUGCCCGAGGCGUCAUUAAAUUAAUUAAGACCUAAGAUGCUCCAAACAAAAAAAUGCUUAUUAACGUUGUGUGCUAAAAAAAUGCAUAUGUAAAAUUGAUGACUUUGAUCGUGUGAUAAAUCGAAAUUUACGCGACUUUUGUUCUGCGGCAUUAUUAUAUGUUUUCUAUUUCAAAAUCAAUUUUUAUUGCUCUUGUUUACUGGCACGAAAGAAUAUUUAAAGUUAAAUAGAAAGGAAAAUGAAAGAUUAUAUCAAAUCUAUAAAAAACCCAUAUCCGCCUUAUGAACCAUUCCCAAAAAAAUGGGGAAAUGAAAAAUAAUUUUUUCGUAUACUGGAAUUAAAAAUAUAUAGAACCAAUUUGAAACAAAAUUUAAAUUGAAUGCGUUUUUGAGCUAGUUUUCAGUUUUAAUUACUCGCAAUCAGAAGCUAAAUAUUUUCUUCUGUGAGAUAUUUAUUGAAAAGUAUUUGAUAAAAACAUGACAUGAUUUUGCUUCGUAAUUGUCAAAUUUUACAGAAAAUGUGACGGGUCAAAGCAACUGUAGCAGGUUUCUAAAGAGAACUGAUUUGGAAUCUUUGAAAUCAAAUAAUAUUCCCAUCAAGAAUAUCCUGUGUGUAGUAGAUGACAAUUUUAAUUAUGAAUAUCUGAUCAAUUUCUACAAAGGACGGUAUUUCUUGAGAGGUGUAAAAUAUUUUUGGUUUGACCGUUUUUACAUUGAUAUUUUGCCAUACAUUGACGAGAUCGCAAGGAAAACAAAAGACAUUUCUGUUCUACGCCCGAUCCCACCAACAAAACAACCGAGAGGUAAUUAAACUCUAAUCAAUAUAAUCCCACAGCGAGAUUUUUUUCUUAAAAAAGGAUUCAAUGACCGAGACAACCUCAGUUUCCCAAACUGUGGAAGGAAACCGACUUCAACAAUAAGGAAACGUGGAAAUGACGAUUCUUCUGAUGAUUUCCAACCGAGUAUACAUAUUUUCGGCGGAAUCAUAGCUCAGACUGGCAGCCACCCUUGGCAUGUUUACAUUGAGAAUAAUGUGACUGGAGGAAAAUGUGGCGGGACAUUGAUUUCACCGUCAGCAGUUUUGACCGCUGCACAUUGCCUUUAUGGAUCAGAAGCAGAAGACUUCGUAGUUUAUCUUGGGAUGGAAGAUAAAAGAAAAAGAAGAGCUCCUGGUGUCCAGAGAAAAUUGGUUAGCAGUCUGAUCACGCACCCGAAAUAUGACCCUAAGGAGUUCAACAGUGACGUCGGACUCGUGAUUUUGAACGAAAAAAUUAUUAUAACCAACCACGUCCGACCGAUUUGUCUGUGGAACGACGACUCUGACUUAGCUCGCGUGGCUGGAACUGAAGCUACGGCGGUUGGGUUUGGGCUUGCUGACAACUACACGUUGCCAGAUAAAUUGCAAGAGGCUCGACUUCCGAUUAGAGCUCACACAGAGUGCUACUUGUCAAGCAGAAGGUUUUUUGAGAAAUAUUUGCGGCCGGGAGUCAACUUUUGUGCAGGCUACACGAACAGAACGACCACCUGCAAUGGUGACAGCGGAGGCAGCCUUUCCGUGAAAAAAGACGGCCGUUGGUUCAUCAGGGGAAUUGUCAGCUUUGGAAUUGCGAAAAAGGUGAUGUUUGAGGGCGAAGAAAUACCGUUGUGUCACCCAGACCACUAUUCUUUGUUCGCUGACGUCGCGAGUUACAUGGACUGGAUCGUGGACAACACGCCGGAAAUUUCAUUCCGUAACUAAAUGUUGGGGUUUGAAGCAAAACAUGUGCUUUGACAUAUGGUUAAUGGUUUAAUAUAAAUUUUUUAGCUAAACAGUGUAAUAUCUUAUCAAAAUAUUUUAUGGUGUUUCAAUAUAAAUUGGAUUAAAAGAAUUGUUUGCUCGGCUUUU